UCUUGCCUUUGCAUUACUGUGGUGGACUUGUUCGCUCUCUCUGUCGGUUCGGAGAUACGGGCUCGGUGCAUAACAUUUGGGGGCUCAUCCAGGAUCUCUGGCCUACCAGGGAGGACAACUCCCCUGGUAGGAGGGAAUAAUCUCGUUAGGAGUUGAGAGCUCUGAGCACCAGUGCUAGCAGUGCAGAGGCCUAGAUUAAGUCUGGGGCCCAGUAUCGUACUGGGGAGGCAUCUAGGUGUAAAGUGAAGAGGCAAGUCCAGCAUAAGGCCGGGUCCCCGGUAGCGAACCGGGUUGGCAGCUGGCACUGAGGACGUCCUGACGGUAAGACACUUGCAAGUAGAGAAGGGGUCUCUAGUGCUAUAAAGGAGACUGAAAGUAAUAUUGAGAGUUGGAAUCUGUUUGUUGUGUCGUUUUUGUGACUCUGUGUGCCGGCCCUGUCCGUGUGAAUCUUGUUGUCAUGUCCGUGUUCUCUGUACCCAUGGGGCAAUCUACUUCUACUCCGCUGUCUCUGAUGACUGACCGUUUUUCUGAUUCUAAGUCCAGAGCUCAGAAUCUUUCGUUACUGGUGAAGAAGAGCAAAUUGGUGACUUUCUGUUCCACCGAGUGGCCCACCUUUGACGUCGGAUGGCCACAAGAGGGAGCCUUCAAUCCCCAAAUUAUCCAGGCAGUUAAAGAGAGGGUGCUUACCCCUAGUCCUGCUGGGCACCCGAAUCAGACUCCCUACAUUCUGGUCUGGCAGGAUCUAGUGAGAAACCUGCUGGAAUGGCUUAAACCCUUUGUUCUCUCUCCUUCUAAACCUCCUAAACCUCCCCGUCCCUCUUCCCCGACUCCAACCUCGCUAAACCCACAGGUGCUAGUCAUGAAAGCUUCUGAAGAAAAAGAAGAAAAACAGGACGAAAAACGACCUAAGCCGAUGUUCCAGGAAUCUUCUUCUCUGUAUCCUAAUCUGAUUGACCUGGAAACCGAGUUGUUCCCACCCCCGUAUGUGGAUCCACAUCCGCCCUUGCUUCCACAGGUUCCACAAGUUUCAUCGGGGGAAGCCCGGAGGAGGGUGGAGCCCUCGGCUCCUCCUAGGGAAGGAGGCCCCGCCCAGGGAACUUGGGGAAGAGCAAGGGAAAUGGCCAGUGCAGCGGAAGAAGAAGGCCCAGAAAUUCCCUCCUCCACUGUUCACGCGUUUCUGGUCCAGGUGGGGCCAGCCAGAGAGGGCAGGGAACGGACAUAUCAGUAUUGGCCCUUUUCCACUAGUGAUUUGUACAAUUGGAAAACUCAGACUCCCUCUUUCUCUGAAAAGCCGCAGGGUCUUAUUGAUCUUUUAGAAUCUAUCCUCUUUACUCACAACCCCACUUGGGAUGAUUGUCAGCAACUGUUACAGGUGCUUUUCACUACAGAGGAGCACGAGCGAAUCCUGUUAGAAGCUCGGAAGAACAUGCCAGGGGUAGAUGGGAGGCUCACAAUACAGCCUAACCUCAUUGAGGAGGGGUUCCCCUUGGUGCGACCCAACUGGGACUUCGAAUGCGCUGAAGGUAGGGAGCGUCUCCGAGUGUACCGCCAGACCGUUAUGGCCAGCCUUAGAGCGGCCGCCAGAAAGCCAACUAAUUUGGCCAAGGUAAAUUCAGUGAGGCAAGAGCCAAAUGAGAGCCCAGCAGCCUUCCUUGAAAGGAUAAUGGAAGCUUCUAGACAGUAUACUCCUAUGGAUCCACAGGCAGAUGAGUCUCGAGCAGCAGUUAUGCUAGCAUUUGUGAAUCAGGCAGCCCCCGAUAUUAGGAGAAAGUUACAAAAGAUAGAGAGGCUGGGUGAACAGUCCCUGCAAGAUCUAGUGAGGGCAGCAGAGAGAGUUUUCAAUCAUAGAGAGACCCCAGAGGAGAGAGAGGACCGCAUUAGAAGGGAAGAAAGAGAAUUUAGAGCUGAAGAAAACCAUAAGAACCAAAAAGAGCUGGCUCAGAUAUUUUUUGCUGGAGUUGAAAACAAAAAUAGGUUCCAAAAAGGGAAAAAGCUAGACUCAAAGACUGAGGAAAAACCUGCAAGGCGUAAGCUUGAAAAAAACCAAUGUGCGUUUUGUAAGGAGAUUGGACAUUGGAAAGAUAAAUGCCCCAAGAAAAACCUAAAAGAGGGGCCCCAAAAUCCCAAGAACGAGACUCCCUCUCCAGACAGUCAUAUCCUCUACGCAGGUGAGGAUAGUACUAGGGGGGUCAGGGCUCGACGCCCCUCCCCGAGCACUCUAAACCCAGCUACUCUUUUGCCCAAUCCGGAGGGGGAUAGCCCCCUCCACGAUUGCGAUGAGAUACUGGCCAGAGUAACGGCAAUAUGGAAGGACUUAACAGAUACGCCACUGGAUAACAGACCCAUACCUCCGUACUCUGAUUGGGAAAAGGAUCAUAACUUUGCCCAGGCAGUAGGCCUCAACGCCUCUUAUGACCUGGCCAACGGCACCGAUCCUCCCCAAUGUUGA